GAAAAGCACAAAGCCCAGCAGAGUCCAGUAGCUGCAAUACACACAGGACAGCCCGAAGUAAGACUGGGAAUACUAAAAGGAGGCUUUUCCCUUGGAAGUAAGAAAGGAAGAGCUCCAGCACAGAAGCUUUGCUGUAGAGGCCAUGGGCUGCUGGAAGCAAGAGAAAACCAACACCUGGGCUUUUCCCACCCUGAUGCUCUGCCUCUAUGGAUUCUUCUACAUGAUGAAACCAUCAGAACCUUUCCUAACGCCCUAUCUAACAGGACCAGAUAAAAACCUGACCACAGAAGAGGUUACCAACCAGAUCCUGCCCGUUUGGACAUACUCGUACCUCGCUCUCCUUGUCCCGGUGUUCCUGCUCACGGACUAUGUGCGCUACAAGCCCGUGCUGCUCCUGCAGGGCGUCAGCCUCAUCGUCACCUGGCUCCUGCUGCUCUUUGCUCACGGAGUGCUGGCCAUGCAGCUGGUGGAGUUCUUCUACGGCAUGGUCACAGCCACCGAGGUGGCCUAUUACGCCUACAUCUACAGCGUGGUCAGCAGCCAGCACUACCAGCGGGUCACCAGCUACUGCCGGAGCGUCACUCUGGUGGCGGCCACCGUGGCCGCCGUGCUGGGACAGCUGCUGGUGUCCUUGGCAGGCGUCUCCUACUUCUACCUCAACGCCAUCACCUUGGCCUCCGUGUCGCUGGCGCUGCUGUGCGCGCUGUUCCUGCCCGCGCCCCAGCGGAGCAUGUUCUUCCACAGGAGAGAGGCCGCCGAGCCCCUGCCGGGCCCUGCGCAAGGGCCCUGCCGGGAGGAGACGAGCCCCGGUGCUGCUGCCGGGGCCCCGAGCCCGCAGCCCCCGGCCGGGAGCGCCGGGCCCCACGGCCCCGUGCUGGGCGUGCUGCUGCAGCUGGGCAGGGACCUGAGGGACUGCUACGGCUCCCGCAGCCUCCUCUGCUGGUCCCUGUGGUGGGCUCUGGCCACGGCCGGCUUCAACCAGGUGGUGAAUUAUGUGCAGGUGCUGUGGGACCUGCGAGCGCCCUCCCACAGCUCGGCCGUGUACAACGGAGCUGUGGAAGCAGUAGCAACUCUUCUGAGCUCAGUAACGUCUUUCCUAGUACAAUAUAUGAAGAUUAACUGGGACCAUUUUGGAGAACUGGCUUUAGGGAUCUUCUCUGCAAUAGAUGCCGCUUGUCUGUUUCUCAUGCACUUCUUCACCAACAUCUGGGCGUGUUAUGCUGGAUACCUCAUUUUCAAGGCGUGCUAUGUGCUCCUCCUGACAAUAGCAACGUUCCAGAUCGCCGUCAACCUGAGCAUGGAGCGCUAUGCCCUGAUGUUUGGAUUCAACAACUUCAUUGCCCUGCUGAUCCAGACCAUUCUCACUAUAGUUGUUGUAGAUUCAAGAGGCCUGGGACUGGACAUAGUGACUCAAUUUUUAAUUUAUGGCAGCUACUUUGUAGUCAUACAUGGGAUUUUCAUGAUCAGAAGCAUUUGUGUGCUGGUUUCAUGCAAAUGCCAAAGGAAAAUAGCAAGAUCUUGCACAGAGCAGCUGAACCAGGCUGAGCACGAGUCAAGAGAGCAGAUUGUCACAAGCUACAUGACACGGCUGUAGGAGGCAGGCAGGCUGGAGAAGGGCUCUCCUGGGAGAAGGGCUCCCAGCAGGGAAGAAGAGCAGCAUGCAGGGAACAGCAGUGCAAGAAGAACCUUCAACUCAGCCCCGAAAAGCUACGCUGAAUCAUUCCAGCACUUCAGCACAACAUAUGCCAGCAGAGAGCUCACCAGAAUGGCACUGUGCCAAGAAUAAAAGAUAAAUUGCUUUAGAUUCCUAUUUACAUGCAUAUAAAUACCUUAAGGGCAGUAAUUUCUACACAGAAUCAGAGCAACCACUUUGCAUCCCCCCAUUCACAAUGGCAGAGAGCAGGGUUCACCCUGCUUUGCUCAUUGUAGCUCCUGAAUGCAGCGCUGCCAAAGCUGCUUCUGUCACAUUUGCUGAUGCAGGGGCUGAAGGCUCUGACUCCCCUUUGCACAGCCCUUGUUCUGCACCAAGGAAGAAAAGAUCAUGUGUGAUCAUUCUAUUCUUUCACACCCAGUAGAGGCAGAUGGGGGACAGGAUUCUCCUGUCUCAUCCCACAGCUCUGAGCACACAGGCUGCAAAAAGCAGGACUUGCACAACCUGCCCUGGGAGCUUCACUGCAACACUGCUACAUCACAGUUGUUGCUUGGCCCACAUUUGAGAGCUACAAACACUGUACUGACUUCACAGCAACCUCUGCCAAGAAGGGAAUAACUUCAGAGCCCAAACAAAAUGCAAGAGCACCACUCCUUUGCUGUGCUUUCAGUAAAAUCAAAUUCAGGACUGUCUUCCUCUUUCAGCAGGAAAAGAAAUAAUAUCAAGGGGCGUAAAUAGCACAGACUAAAACCAGAGAAGGACAUUGUGGAGAAAUAUAACUGAUUCCACACAGGAAAAUUCCAGAUUAACAGGAAUAUCCAAGAAGAUUUAUAACUGAAACAAACAGCUAGCAUCAUGUGUGCUUUUGAGUGCCAAGUGAGGGAGGUCCACUGAUCUUGGCCAAGAAUUUGGCAGGAUCAGCAUCUCUCAGUUUGUCAAGAAGCUUCAAGUCCUACAGCUAAUUUAGCCCAAAAGACAGUCCAGGAGAAGAAAAAAGAGACUAGAAAUGAGUUUGCAUAGUGAAUGUCUAAUUUAUUACGACCUAUAUCCAUAUGCUGAAGUUAUUUCUGUACUGCUGUUUGCUUCUAGCUUCCAAUAUCUACAUCUAACUAAUAAAAAAACCACUAAGCAUUUCCAGAAUAAUAUUUUUCCUUUAGAGACAUAAGUUAUCAUUUGUACAGACAUACCAGCUUUUCAAACCACUGUCACACGCUGCAACUAGACAAUGUGCCCAGAGGCUCGGGCAGGCAGGACAGAAGCAAUUUGUUUGAAGUCACAGGAAGAAUCAGUAGGAUCUGACAAAAUGACUCUGGCUAAAUUUUAGGCUUUCUGUUUACUGCUGUGCAUUGUGGGGACCAUGCACUGUUGUCAACUGGCUCUAAGCAGAGCAGUUUAACCAAUGCAGUCAUAAAAGUAGGAGAUGUACUUAGUCUCCAGUGAGAGUUCUUUUCUUACUGCAGAACUGGACAUGAUGCUCCUGCCUGAAGAAACAGGGACAGAAUCCAGGAGAGAAAGGACUGUUUUUACUAUUCUUCCUUGUAAAUAGCAAUAUUCUUUUGAGGCAUUCAGUUUAGAACUAGGUGCCAGUCCUGGGCUAGAAGGUAACUAGCAUUUGUGUUUAAAUUAAAAAUAGGAACUUUGUAUUUUCGGCUCCAUGGUCUCAAACUGCCUUUGGUACAGAAAGUAAACAAAUAUUUCCAUGGACUAUCUGACAAAUGGAAAGGAAUCAACAACAUGUGAAACUUUUUGCUGUUGUUAAAAAACAUAAUGCCAGUAGAAGACUAGAGCUAAAAAAAAAUAGGUACAACCAACCAUAAAAAUUCUUAUGUUCUGACUAGAGCUCACUGCUCUCUGUGUCUGUAGGAUGCCACUGAGGAGCAAAGGAACCAAGCAGACAUAAUGUAUUUGGCUUGCAGCUUUAGAGAAUACCAUCUUCAGAAAACAGAUAAGACUUUAAAGAAAAAAGAAUCCAUUCCUAUUCUCUCUAAUCUCCAGAAUAAUGAUCCUGAGAUUGGAACUCGCAGGAAGCAUUAUGGGGGAAAUAGGGGAGGAAGAAGGCAGCUCUUAGGAGUGUUAGGAGGAAAAAGACAAGGCCUUAUCCUGGGUUUUCAGCUGCAAAUCAGAACUCACCCAGCAAUCAGAAGUUUCUGGAAGAGUGAGAUGUACACAUGUACCUGUGUGUUUGUGCACCUGCACACAUGCGCUGUGGAGAGGAGAUAGCUGAGACGUGGCAUGUUACAUGGAAGGUGGGAACCACAGGCUAUCUAGUUCUGUGGAAAAUGGCAAUUCUCAGCACAUCCAUCUUGUCUAGCAGCCUUUAGUAUUGUUUUCCUUCCAGAGUGUUAAAGGUUUCCAUGCAAACAUGGAACUCCAGAGGUGAGCAGAUUCCUCCAUAGCUUCCCAUAGCUGCAACCCCCUCUAAAUACACCACUUUGAAAAAUUAGUGGGCUUGGGCACAAAUCUUCCAUGAAGAUACAGUCCAGCAAAAGCUGGUAAGGCCAGUUUGAGCAAACAAGGAAGGAACAAAUAGUGUGUUUGUAUUCAAAGCAUGGAGGUAUUGCCCAAGCACGGAGUGGGCUACCAGAGACACACGAGCCAGCAGCCCCUUUCAGCCCCUGCCCUUCCCAGGGUUCUUUCCCUGCCUCAGAAGCCCCUGGCCAGGGAGGAGGAUGAGGGGCAGAGGCAAGCCUGGCUCCCCUGGGCACUUGCCUGCCUGGUUGCACCACACACUUGAGCACUGAGGGAACCUUCCAUGCCUGCAGGACCAGACCGGGCUGUGCUGAGCUCACAAAGGGCCCCUCCUGCCAGGGCCUCACAUCUGCUCCCAGGGUCAACACACGUCCUACCAACAGGAUUCAGGGUGAACUCCAGCCUCUGGCUAACCUUGGAAGAUGCAGACAGUACAGUCCAGAAGAAAUGGGUAAAGGAAAGCAAAGCAGCAGCAUUUCUCCAAAGCAAGCCUCUUAAUGUUUUAGCUUAGAACCUAGAUUUAUGAGUUUAAUGUCAUCCAUUUGUCCUUAAACAACAGAUCUGUCCCUGUACAGAAGUAAUUCCUGGCCAACUAAUAGUAGGAAGCAUUUGCUGUCCUACCUCCCAAAGCCCCAGCAAAGCCAGGACAGUCAGACAGGCCCCACGAGCCCAGAGCCUUUGUGCUGUGCAGGGGACAGGGACACUGUUAACGCAAACUGUAAAACCGGUGCUCUGUCUUUCCAUGAACCAGCAAUCAGAGCUUUUAAAGGUAUUUAUUAACAGAAAGAAUGCCAUCAUUGCUUUCCUGUCACAACUUUAUUAAUCAUUAGCUACUGUGAGUAUUAAUAGUUUUGUCUUAAAAAUAAAACUCAGUUUGCUGACAAAACCUGUAAAGAACACUUUCCCUACAAUCUUCAUGGACCAGUUCUGCAAGAAAGAAUAGCUAUGACAAGUU